CCUCACAUCUCCCCAUCCAUCUGCUGCAGCAAGCUGUCAUGUCCAACGGUGAAGAGCCGCGUGCUAUCGGCGACCAGACCUAUGAGCUUGUGCCCAGCAAUGAUCCUGGCGUCCAGGUGAGUUCCUGCACACCCACGUCCCUUCUGAAUGGUGGUUGGGCGCGAAAUGACGUCGUUUUCGUUGUUUGCACCUCCAUCCGCCUCUAGUUUGCAUUGUGCCAUGUCCCAUGAUAGUUGAAGAGGUCAUGCCCGCCAUCCAGCUGCAUAACAGUCAGCUCUGCCUUCUUGGAGCCGACAACGCGAGAUUCAGCCUCCGCUCACACCCUGGCCUCUGGCUUGCAGCUGCAAAAAGUCCUACCGCCCAACUGACUCCCAGGCCCUGCUCGAGCAGAUCAACCAGAGCAUUGCCAAGGUCGAGAACCCACGAUUCCUCCAAAGCGUGCUCACCAAGUACAACAUCCAACAGGGCGAGCCGCAGGUACCCAUGGCCCUUGUGAAGCCCGGGUGUGACGGGUGCAGCAACAGCAAAAAGCCCAAGACAUGCUACGCGGGCCUCCGCGACGGCGGCUUUCUUCGCUGCCUCCCCUGCGGUCGGCGGAUGUGCUCUUUCGAGCCACGCAGCAAGAGCAGCUCGGGCGCGUGGAUGGUCGCCCUGAACGACAUCCCCCUCGUCGCCGACUACGUCGCGGGCACGUCAAGCCUGAUCCGGCACCUGACAAAGGACCUGCCGCCGAGCCACCCCCUCGUCUCGGCUGCGCGAACGCACAUCAGCCAAGGCAAGACUAUUCUUGAACGCGUAAAUGAGGGACGUAUCGGCCCGCGACAUAAGCCAACCGUCCCCCUCGAUGUUGUCCUGCGGCCACAUGAAGCGAUCGUGUCCGACGUCGCGGCAAUCGACGAGCUCUCGGACCGCGUGCAUGCGCGUGCAGCCGAUGCUGGCGAGCCACCCAAGAGUCCCGACGAAGGCGACGUCUAUCCUAAAAUGGAGAACUACGCGCCACCACCGUUUGACCUCCCGCCGAUUGACGAAGACGAGGUCGGCGUCGAGGUGCUGUUGCCUCGUGAUGAGGGCGAGGACGAGGGGAAUCGCAAGCGCAAAGCACCACCCAGUGUGAGCGGUACCGCCAAGCGCGGCCGCGGGCGAGGCCGUGGGCGAGGAUGAGUCCACAAUGGGCCUCGUCCCGAUUGGGGGCUCUUUAUAUUGCUCUGUAAGGGAUACAUUCGUAAAUAGUAAUGUCAUAAUCUAAUGUUCG